CCAAUACCAGAAGGAUUCAAGAUUUUGUCACUUUGUGAUGCUGGAUAUACAUAUACCUUUUUAUCUACAUCACAUAUCUUCACAAAUGAUGUAAAAAAAAUAAAUAGCAUUAAUCAAACUGGGUGCUUGGUUCUUCAUCUUACUGAACAGCUUCCUUAUCAACAAUAUUCAUACAAUAUAUACAUAGAUAAUUAUUUUUCUAGUGUUCCUCUUUACCAGUAUCUUUGGCAAAUUGGUAUUGGUGCCUGUGGAACUGUUCGAAAAACUGCCUCCGGAUUUCCAAAAAAGUUGAAGGUGGAUAGAAAUAUUAAACUUAACUGGGAUGUUCGCUCUGGUGUAAUAAUAAAUAAAGUAAUAGCAGUCUUCUGGCAGGACAAUGGUCCUGUUACAAUGUUAACAAUGAUUUAUCGUCUUGUUGAUGAUGAAUGGAAGAUAAUACAUGAAAGGCGACAGCCAAGAGAAACCAGUACCAAUGCAGCUAAAGUCCAUGCAGUGUUUGGAUCAGAAUCAAAAAAAUUUUUAAAAAUCCCCAAAAUCAUUGAUGACUACAACAGUCACAUGAAUGGUGUGGACAUUGCAAACCAAAUGCAAUCAUACUACAGUACACAAAAAACA